UCCCGGGAAUAUCGCACGGGAAAUGUCAAAUUACAUAAUAGGAGCCAUCAUUUUUUACUUUUGUUUUACCGCAGAAGACCAGCUAUCCGGGAUUUCUUCCACAGGCCCGUUGUUUCGUUUCACAUUGCGUGAUCAGAGUGCCCUGGAACAGGAACUAGAAACAGGAACUCGAUAUUUUUUUGCACCCGUCUCUUCAAGGAUGGCGGCAAAUCAUGGAGAUGAGGAGGCUACUGUAUCUCUGGUGGACGUUUUGGAAGAGGACGAAGAACUGGAGAAUGAAGCCUCCGCUGUUCUCGGAGGGAGUGAUUCGGAGAAAUGCUCGUAUCCUGAGGGAUAUGUGAAGCGUCAAGCUCUGUAUGCAUGCAACACCUGUACACCAAAGCGAGGAGAGCCAGCUGGAGUCUGUCUGGCAUGUUCCUACAAGUGCCAUGAAGGCCAUGACCUUUUUGAGCUAUACACCAAGAGGAAUUUUCGAUGUGAUUGUGGAAAUGACAAGUUUGGGGAAAUGGAAUGCAAGCUAUUCGCAGAUAAGGAGAGUGUGAAUUCAGGGAACAAAUACAGCCACAAUUUCUUUGGCUUGUAUUGCACAUGUGACAGACCCUACCCAGAUCCAGAGGAUGAGGUUCCAGACGAGAUGAUCCAGUGUGUCGUGUGUGAGGACUGGCUACAUGGUCGGCAUUUGGGUUGUGUAGUGCCAGAUUGUGUGGAGCUACAAGAGAUGAUUUGCGAGUCUUGCAUGAAUAAAGCACCUUUCCUUUGGACUUAUGCUGCACAAAUCACAGUGCCAACCAUAACAAAAGUAAGUCCAUGCAAAGAGGAGGAAGUGAAGGUGGAGGUAGAAAAUGAUGAAGAGAAGGCUAAAAUUGAGAACCCAAAAAGCCCCUUGGAUGAGAAGGUUCAGGUCAACGGGACAUCCACCUGUAAACGGAAACAUCAGGAUGAAAUUGAAGGUUCCUCACAGGAGAGCUCAUGCUCUGGUUGCAGGCUUCGAGAGAUGAAGGCCUCAGAGAGGAGCCAGACACUGCAGGGUGCUGUGUUCUGGCCCUCUGCCUGGCGUACCAAACUCUGCAACUGCACUGACUGCAAGGUCCUCUAUGCAGAUGCAGGAGUAUCUUUCCUCAUGGAUGAGACCGACACUGUACUGGCAUAUGAAAACAAGGGCAAAUCUACAGAGCAGGCUGAGCAAGCAGGUGGAGCAGAGGGUCACGACCCCUUGAUGUCAGCCUUAAACAACCUGAAUCGUGUUCAGCAGCUGGAGAUCAUCCACGAGUAUAAUGACAUGAAGACAGAACUAAAGGACUACCUGCAAAGAUUUGCUGCUGAAGGCAAGGUGGUGACACCUGAGGACAUUCGUCAGUUUUUUGAACAGCAGCAAAGCCGUAAGAGGCGAAGAGCCAAUGCUGGCCAGUACUACUGCAGUUAAACCGUCUUUCAACCUGCACUUUAAAGGGAUAGUUCACCCAAAAAUGAAAAUUCUGUCACCAUUUACUCACUUUCAGACCAUCCCAGAUGUGUAUGGCUUGGUUUUCUUUAAAAUACAAAGCUUUUAAAAGAAUAUCUCAGCUCUGUAGGUCCUUCCAGUUCAAGUGAAUGGUGACCAGAACUUUGAAGGUUUAAAAAGCACAGACAGUCAUAGUAAAAUUAAUCCAUACAACUCCAGUUGUUUAAUAUAUGUCUUCUGAAGUGAUGCAAUCAUUUUGGUUGAGAAAGCUAAAUAUUUAAAUCCUUUAUUAUAAAUCUCCACUUUCACUUACAGAAUGUGAAAUUGGAGAUUUAUAGUUAAAAAAAGACUUGAAUAUUGAUUUCUCACACACACCUAUCAUAUCACUUCUGAAGAUAUGGAUUAAACCACUGGAGUUGUAUGGAUUACUUUUAUGCUGCCGUUUAUAUGAUUUUUGGACCUUCAAAAUCCUGGCCACCAUUCACUUGCACUGUAUAUUUUAGAGAUAUUCUUAAAAUCUUUGUGUUCUGCAGAAGAAAGAAUCUAAUACAUAUGGAAUGAGGGUGAGUAAAUGAGAAAAUUUCAUUCAUUUUUGUGUGAACUUUUCCUUUAAGCAUAACAGCUAUGUCCAAUUGUUUCCCCCCAGACCACCACUGGAACAUUUUAUAAAAUAAAUACCCAGGCCCUCAUAACCUUGUAUGAUUUUGACCUUGUAUAGCAUGUGAUGUCUGGUUCUGUACCUAUAUUUAGUUUUUCUUAAUCCUGCCAUUUCAAACAGGGCUCUAGUUUGAGAUGAUAUUCAGCUUGACUAGUUGUGAUUAGGGAGGAAAAAUAUAAAGUUUUAUGGAAAAGCAACUCUAUAAUGCCAUGUGAAUAUAAGGCAGUGCCACCAGUAGUAUUAUAAUGGAAGGAAGUUACGAUCUCAUGAUUGUUGUUAGUAUAAUUCUGUUCUAGUAAGAUGGCUGAUUUUAAUAUUCAGUAGCACUGCAGCCUAUAGUUAAGAUGAAAAACAUCUUUUUAGGAAACCUAAAUUCCCUCACCUAUCUCAAGUUAUUUGCAUAGGCUAAAGGUAUGGAAAAGUUAACUUUCAAUUGUGAUCAAGUAAGCCUUUUUAUUUAACCUGUUGUUUGUAGACUCUUUCCUUUUUAAUGUCCUAGCUUUGAGAAAUAAACAAUUUUUUGGGCCCUGUAAAGUUCAUCAGAGUUUUUCCAAGAGUACUCAACUCCAAUUGUCUCCGUCUGCACAUUAAAACCUACUGUACAUUCAGAUGAACAAAUCAGUAAUGAUUUUGGGAUUACUUUGAUUAUAAAUUGCAAGUUUCGUCAAUAAGCCAUCAAGCUUGGUACACC